AUGACGCACGCAUACCACCCGCUCCUGGGACUGCUGCUGCUGUCGCUGCUCUGGGCGCGGAGCCACGCCGAGCUGCCCAUCUGCAAAGAGUCCGACUAUCACUUUGAGUACACAGAGUGCGACAUCCUUGGGGCCCGCUGGAGGGUGGCUGUGCCCAACAAACAGGACACGUGCACCAGGCUGCCCGACCCGGUCCAAGGCACCGCCUGCACUUUCUCAUGUAAUGAAGGGGAGUUUCUGGAUAUGCAGACUCAGGCGUGUCAGAAAUGUUCCCCUGGGACGUACUCUUUGGGGACCGGAGUGGCUUUUGAUGAGUGGGACACUUUGCCACACGGCUUUGUGAGCCAGCACCACAACUCAAACAAUUAUGAUGACCAGGUCAACUGUGCAAAUUCGACUUGGAGCCCAAAGGGUGAUUAUAUUGAAUCUAACACAGACGAAUGCACAGCCACUUUGUCCUACGCCGUGAACCUAAAGAAAUCGGGAGUACUGACCUUUGAGUAUUUGUACCCUGACAACAAUGUCUACUUUGAGUUUUUUGUUCAGAACGACCAGUGCCAGUCCACAGAGUCAGACGACAGGUGGAUGAAGGUGUCAGAGAAUGACUGGAGCAAACACAUGGUUGAGCUGAAAACAGGCAACAAUGUCCUUUACUGGAGAAGCACAGGGUAUUCUCUGGACAGUGACAUCAAACCUGUGCUCGUCAAAAACAUUGGGAUUUCAGGAGUGUCUUACACGUCUGAGUGUUUCCUUUGUAAAGCUGGGACAUACAGUGCGGAGGCCGGUGCUGCGCGCUGCUCCCCUUGUCCAGCCGAUACUUUCUCUACUAAAGGAGCCACCGUCUGCCACCCAUGUCAAAACAACACAUACACACAGGCUGGAUCACAGACGUGCAAACCCAGACCUGCCUGUACCCCCAAUGACUACUUCUACACACACACACCAUGUGACACACAAGGAAAGACUGAGCUCAUGUACAAGUGGAUCGAGCCGAAGAUCUGUAGUGAGACAGUAGAGGGCGCUGUUCCGCUGCCUGCAUCUGGAGGGCAGCAGCCAUGUCCCCCUUGUAACCCGGGGUUUUACGUGACCAACUCUUCAGCCUGUGCAGCCUGUCCACAAGGCUCCUACUCCAAUGGGACAGUUUGUGACAAGUGUCCAGCAGGUACAGAGCCGCUGGUCGGCUAUGAGUACAAAUGGUGGAACACAAUGCCCCAAAACAUGAAAAGCUCAACUUUCCGCAGAGAGUUCAGUGACCCUGAACGCAGCACAGCUUGGGAAGUGGCAGGGGAAUACAUCUACACGGCUCCUGGAGAAGAGGACUCAGACUUCCUUCUGCUUACUCUUAAUGUCCCUGGAUACAGGUUGCCACAGUCCGUCUCCAAAAUCAGUGAACUUGCUCGAAUCACGUUCGUCUUCGAGACCAAGUGUAUAGGAGACUGCAAACUUUUCUUCCAAGCAGGGUACACACAGUGGAACAGUGAAGUAAUGGAGCAGUGGAAAGGAACAAACAACAAACAGUCCUACUCAUUUGUGAUUCAAGAAAACGCCACAAAUAGUUUCACCUGGGCAUUUCAACGCACCAGCACUGAACACUCUGAGGGGAGAAAGUACAGUUCUGAUUUUGCCAAGAUUUACUCCAUCCACAUCACAAAUACCAUUGGAGGCGUGGCCUCUCAGUGCCGUCGCUGCCCGCUGGUCGCCUCUCACACCCGUUCAGGCUGUGUCCCCUGCCCCUCUGGACACUACAUGGUCAGUGAGACAGGGAUGUGCAAGAGCUGUCCCCCAAAUACAGUAAUUGGAGCAGAGCAGACUGCCUGUGUGCCCUGUGGACCCAACACCAAGAGGAGCAAGGACUCCUCAGCCUGUCUCAGUGACUGCCACCUGAACGUCCAAAGUCAAUGGGGAUUUUUGCACUACCACUUUUCCCCUCUGUCCAAUGUCACCAGUUUUCACAGCACAGCUCGAUUCACCACUCGAGGCCUGAGAUAUUUCCAGCAUUUCAACCUGGGCCUGUGUGGCAUGGAGGGAAGAGCUUUGGCCUCUUGUGUGGAGAAUGUGACUGAGAGUGGGAAGAAGGAGGUCAAAGGAUACAUAUGUCAAUCCACCGUGGUUCCCUCCGACAUCAGGGGCCAGACGGUUGUGUCCUCUCAGCCUGUUGUCAUUGGAGACACACUUGUUGGUGUAUCUACAGACACUUCACUGAACAAUAUAACAUCUCCAGUCUGGCUGUUCCCCUCCACGUCCACUCUGCCGGAUGUCAUUUUCUUCUAUAAGUCCAGAGACAAAACUCAGGCCUGUAAACAGGGCCGAGCUGCCACUGUGAGGCUGAGAUGCAACCCCACAGUGAGCGCAAAAGACCAGAUCACAACACCAAGGAACUGUUCCGGUGGCACAUGUGAUGGCUGCACUUUCCACUUCCUUUGGGAAAGUCAGGAUGCAUGUCCACACUGCACCAAGCACCACUACAGAGAAAUAGUCAGCGCUUGUGUGCAGGGAAUACAGAAAACUACUUUUGUGUGGCAGCAACCUCUUCAGUGCUUUGGAGGAGAGCCCCUCCCAGAGCCCCUGGUCAGCGCCUGUGUCAGUCUGGACUUUUGGCUCAAGUUUGGGGUCUCUACAGGAAGUGCCGCUGCUCUUCUCCUCAUCUGCCUCAGCUGCUAUUUCUGGAAGAGGACCCGCAAACUUGAAUACAAAUACUCUAAGCUGAUGAUGAGCUCUGGAGGUAAAGAGUGUGAACUGCCAACUGCAGACAGCUGUGCCAUCAUGGAAGGAGAGGAUGCAGAGGAUGACUACAUCGACCUUAAGAAGAAAUCCCUCUUCACCAAAAUUAAGUCUUUUAGAUAUGAGAGGUCAGUGGAUGGGUUUGAUUCAGUUCCACUUAAAUCUUCUUCGCUUUUGCAACAAGAGGAGGAUUCGGAUGACGAUUAA